AUGUGCCCCCCAGAAUACCCACCCAUUGUCAAAGAAUUGGCGGAAUACUAUAAAACGCCGCGUGGUCAGCACGAACGUGCACCUGGUCUGUUUGCAACCAGAAGUGUGGAUCUUUUGGCGAACUUUGACGCCUACGCUUUCAACUACCUAAUUUCGCCUCGUCCUCUUUUGAUGAUUGCUGGUGCCGAUGCUAGCACGAAAUUCCACAGCGAGGAUGCUAUCAAGGUCGCGAAGGAGCCAAAGGAGCUUUUCAUCAUUGAGGGACGGGACCAUGCUGCUUUGUACGACAACGUCACUGAGUCGGGUCCUGAGCUGGUGGGCUAUUUCAGGGAUAACUUUUGA